AGUCGGAUAUCUUGUAAACAAUGUUAUGGCCCGUUCGGUGACAUGGAUUUGAUCAAAUCAAGUGUUUGAAAAUUUUUAUGAAAUUUGGAUUUGUACAAAUCCCUGAAACUUAAAUAAAGGAUUUGAAAUACCAUCCAGUUACUUGUCAUUUGAAAUUAAAAAACAAAACAUAAGCUCUCCCUCCCUCCCUCUCUCUCCUUCUCCAUGUCUCUCUCCUUCUCCCCAUCUCUGCGUCUCUCUUGCCCAGUGUUGUAUCAUCUAUAUCUUCUCUAUAGACAGUUAGACACAUUAAUUGUUGUCAUUUUAUUGCUUAAUUUGAUAUCUAUGUGUAUAUAUGUGCAUGUAAUUGAUUUCACUGUUCUUUGAAUUUUUUUGGAUAAUGAUACUUACGUGACCUCCGGUGAUAAAACAUUUAUCAGUGUUGUCUUCCCACACUUUGUGUUGUAUGUAUUAUUCAACUUGUUUUCUGAUCUCUGCUCGAGUAUUUGUGUUUUUAAUUUAUUAUCUUCUGUAAGCAAGUGAUUAGUGGCCAAUUCUAUGGUUUUUUCAGUUGCUAAGCUGGAUUAGGGUGUUCAUUUAUGAUUAUUUUAUUUUAUUUUUGAUUUUGGUGAAUAUUAUAUUUUCAUAAUGGAAUCAGUUAGUCAGUCAGUCCUAAUAUAUUCAUGUUAUCUUGUUUAGCAGCAAAGAUAUUGCUAGUCGUCUAAAAUCAGCUUUGGCUUGCUUUUAUUAUGCAGUGCUCUUCUGUAGAUUUAUUUGUCGUCGUGAUGCACAAAUGGUGCCUGAAUUAUAUAUUGUAGUAGAUAUUUAAUAAUCACUUCUCCUCCUAGUUAUUAGCACGUUUCAUCUCACAUUGCAUAGGACAGAAGGGAAGAGUAGUGAAACAAGGUGAAACUAAGUGCCACGGUUGAUGCCUUCUUCUCUUGAAAGAAUCGCGCUCCUCUCACAUUUGCUCAGCUUCACUCCUUCACUCAAACGCCCCCACUGUCCUUCACUCGAGCUUUGGAUUAGGGUCGUGAUUGUGUGUGUACAUGUAUCCAGAGCUUUGAUCACUGUAGGAAUUCAAGAAAAGCUCUGGUCAUGAUUGUUGCUCCCCUCCGUAGGGUAAGUAUUCCAGCUCUUCAUUUUGCAGAGGUGAUUCUCGAGCUCUCUCCUUUUUUAUUCCUUGACGGGUGUUUUUGAUUUCUGAAUUUUUUGGCAUCUCUGGAUUGUGGGUUUUGUGUGUUCUUGAAAAUUUGUUUUUUAAUGGAUUUUGUGAAAAAUCUUGGCUUUAUUUAUUUGUGGUGAAUUUUUUGGAUCUGGCUUUGUUUUGGAGUUGUGUAAUUGUUAUAAUUGGUUCAAUCAUUGAGUAUGUUCUUGGAAGAAUAUGCAUGCUAAACAAUGUUGUCAUGGUGAACGGGGACGUGGCCACUCUUAUUGCGACAACUGAUUCUGUGACGUCUGUUGUUGCUGCAAAGGAGGAAGUGAAACAGGCUGUUGGCGACGAUCUCAACUCAAAAAGUUCUACACCUUGCGAGUGGUUUGUAUGUGACGAUGAUCAAACAACUACAAGAUUCUUUGUCAUAUAUGUUGGGCCUGGAUUCAAUAAUUAUUACAUAUUUGCAUACUUUGGAUUAUGAGACAACUUGCUUUCUAUCUUCAAUGACGAUUAAAAUGUUUACACUUCAACUUUGCUAAACAAAUUUUAGCAGUUUGUACUUGUACAAUACACACAUACACUUACUUGAAAGUAGUUAGCCUUUGCAAAUUUACUGAGUUGCUGUAUUUUUGCAGGAGUCUGAGUCGUUGGCUUCAUGGCAGGCUAACCUACUCUUUACCCGUCAAGUUUGAGGAUAAAUGAGGUUUCGCCUGCAGAAAAGAGAGAACACAUGCAACAAACAGAUAUAAGAAUCCCCCAAAAAGUUUAGAUGGACCGGUUCUUAACAAAACAUAGAGCCAAUAAGAGAGUAUUCAUAUGAAGAAUGCCUUCUUGCGUUGGACCUAUAAUCCAACCAGCCACACAGCAGAUAUGGCGUUUCCACACGGUGGGGUGUCAGCGUCCAAGUGGGUUGCCUGUGGGGACUUAAUUUGGAUGGACCUGGAAUGAUUGGGGCUCAAAGCUUAAUAGCUUUCAAGAACCAUUGAGAUUUAAAGUUUCAAAGAUCACUGCAGAGUUUUUAAGUAGUAAAAAGGAGAUUAUCAUAUUUGCUAGCUUGAAACUUCCGUCUGGCGGAACAAGCUGUAAUCAGUGUGGCAAGAAGGCAUUGAGAUUCAUGGUGUGUUCAACUCGAAAUGACAACUUAAAUGAUAAAUUUCUAAAUGCUUGUCUGCGCUGCUCUUGAGACCGAAUAAGAGCAUGGGCAAGGAGAAACCGAGUCUCUUAUUUUUUGGUCCCAUUAAGUUGCCACAUAAGCGAAACAGGGACUUGGAUGAUUUAACUCCAAUGCAUGCAUAAGAGCAUCUCCAACUAGUUAUUCAACCAAGUUUUUAAGUUAAAAAAUAGAGUAAUUAGGGUUUUGAUGCUCAAUUUGUCGGGGAUUUCGAUUUUUUAGUUUUUUUAUUGGUGAGGAUUAGGAUAAAGUCUUAGAUUUCUGUAGAAUGUUUGUUAUAUGCACUUGUGCAUGGUUAUUCUGAUGGUUUUGUUAUUGGUUGGAAUUUGCAGUUGGAUAGAUUUAUACUGAAUAGGCCGGCUAUGGAUUUUAAUUAUGCACAUUAUAUGCUGACUGAGGCAAGGAAAGGUGAGGAAAAUCCAGCUGUAUGCUCAAAAACAAACCUCCAACGCCAGUGGAGACUGUCGAAGUGACUGCUCCUCAGCAGCAGUUCACCAACCUAAGCCCAAGAGCCGUCAUUACAUUCCACAGGGAUGCUCGUACAAGGGAACUUUUGAAAGUGUAUAAUGUAGAUGGUCAUAUUGAGAAUAGAGCUGACAUGCCAUCAGUGCAAGAUCAAGGUGUUGAAGAUGAGAUGAGUCAGAAAAUAGUUCUUAAACCAAAAAAGGAAAAGCCCCAAAAGAAAAACCCCAAAAGGACCAAAAGGAAAAACCCCAGAAGGACCAAAAGGAAAAACCCCAAAAGGACCAAAAGGAAAAACCCCAGAAGGAAAAAUCCCAAAAGGACCAAAAGGAAAAACCCCAGAAGGAAAAAUCCCAAAAGGACCAAAAGGAAAAACCCCAGAAGGAAAAACCCCAAGGAUUUUUGAAGAGGUCACGCCAUGCUAUUAUGGGAGCUGCCGGUGCUGUUCGUAGGGCUGCAUCAAAGAGUGGGAACGAAGAGUCGAAGCUGAAAACAGAAGCUGUAGUGAUUGCCUCAAAUGGAAUGAUCUAUAGUGGAUGUACAAAUGGCUUAAUUGUUCAAUGGGAUGCAAAUGGCAAUCGUAUACAAGAGUUUAAUCACCAUCCCUGUGCAGUGCUAUGCUUUUGUACCUAUGGAUCACGCAUAUGGGUUGGAUAUGUGAGUGGCAUCGUUCAAGUGCUGGAUGUUGAUGGAGUUUUGGUUGCAGGUUGGGUUGCUCAUAACGGCCCUGUUAUAAAAAUGGUAGUGGGAAAUGGUCAUGUAUAUAGUUUAGCUACCCAUGGUGGUAUACGUGGAUGGAGCAUUACAUCUCCAGGACCUCUUGAUCAGAUUAUAAGACCAGAAUUAUCCAAGAGAGAACAGAUUUAUAAAAGACGAGAAAAUAUCAAAAUUUUAGUUGGGACAUGGAAUGUUGGUCAAGGAAAACCUUCACAUGAUGCACUUAUGACUUGGUUAGGUUCUGCAGUAUCAGAUGCCAGCAUUUUGGUUGUUGGUCUGCAAGAAGUGGAGAUGGGUGCAGGUUUUUUAGCCAUGUCUGCAGCAAAAGAAAACAUGAGAUUCCACAAGCUCUCUUAAUUUAUGUUAACAUUCUCUGGAGGAAAAACCUCUGUUUUUACAAUAUACAUAAGUAACCCAAUUUCUGGAUGUUUUAAAUUGUUGGUGCCUGUGAGGGUCAUAUUUUAGUACAAUAUAGCGUCGUUAGAGGAUAUUGAGCAAUUAGGAGAAUCCAUGGACAGGUUCUGCUUUAAUGUAAAAUUAGAUGGACAGAAGACCUGUAUUUAGCUUUAAAGGGAAAAUCCGCUUACAAAUUCUACUGUUGUGGCAAAACUGCAGAUGCAUCAGUUGUUGAUGUUUCUCCAUGACCUGUAGGACACAAAUACAGGCCAUUCCAUAUCCAAUUUUCCAUUAGAUCUUUGACACUAAUGUACAACAGUAUAUGGACUAUUGUGCAAA